UUCAGUUUCUCGAGUAGAAAAGGUGUGUUCUGCUACUCAGUCGUUUGAGGAUGGAACUAUGCUAAUACAGCUGCAGGAACAUAUGCAAUCGUUACAGUAGAACUGCCCUUCCAUUUCCGUCAUGUUAUUGUAUUGCGGAACUAUUUGGGAAACUUCACGUCCGGGUCCGGUAUUCGGCAGAGCCCGAUGCUGAUGUUCCUCCCCGCUUUCUUCCGAAUACAUGGAUGCUGAGCUGACGCUCGAGGGGAGCCUGGGCAUCGCUCGUGAAAUUGGCGGGAGGUUGUGCUGGUCGGCCAAGAUUGAGUACGGUGGAGAUGGCUCGAAGAUUGUGAUUCGAGGACUGUUCUUCUGGGGCAUCCAAGGUUUAUGCUGUACUAAUGUGCAGGUGCUGAGAGGGUCCUCUUCUUUCUUGUGCUAUGGUGCCACUGUUGGCUAAAAAGGAGCACGAAAGAGAGCGCGACGACUGACUAGCUUAAUUCUUGCUUUAUGUUGACCCCUGAUCCACAUGAUUGCACAAAGCAUUACUAGAAAUGCCCCGCCAGCAAGACUGCCACUGACAGCUGCGACGGGGAAGUUGUGGUUUGAAUCUGUGUCGUGGGCGACAGCAGGCAUUCGGGGCGUGUGCUCCGAGGUGUGGUUCCCAUUUUAUGCGCUGAAAGGAUACAAAGCCCUUUGAAUCGGCCCAAAUCGCGAAGCAGUCCUACACAAACGUACAGUAAAUGAGUGCUCCGAAGGUAUCAAGUUAGUCCUCCAUGGCGGCAAGUUGCGCUUCAUUGAGAGCCUCGGCGUCAGCCAUGAGCUUCUCCUCGAGCGACUGGACGCGUUCCUGUGCGUCUCGCCGUUCCCCCUCGAGUUCCCCAUAUCUGUCCUGCAACUGCCGCUCCCGUCGCUCGAGCUUUUCGACCUCUUCUUUGAGCGCAUCGAGCCGCCGGGGUCCAGCAGCCGUCUCGUUUGUGUUCAAGUGCGAGAAGGUCUCGAAUUCGAUCUUCGUCUGUUGCAUCUCAUCGAACGCAGCGGUGACACGCUGCGACAAAGCGUUUGAUCGAGUGAGAUAACCGCCAAGAGUGACAUUGAGUUUCUUUUCUGCCUUGUUUGCUUUAGCAGCCUCAUUGCCCAUUAGCUGGCGGCGCUGCGACAAAACAACGCUGUAGCCCGCAACCCGCUGUUCGCCGGACAGUUUUUCCGGCUCUGUCCACAUGUUUGUUGUUGCGUCAAGGACGAGGUCUUUCCGAACACGAGCCCAGGACACCGUCUCGUCCCCAGCUUCGGAAGUGGCGAGCUUCAUCAAUCCUUCCUGGAGCUGGGCUGGGCUGGCAUUUGUGAAGCCAACAGCAUUCACCAACUCCAAGUGAAUCAAGGAGCUGGCCAGGUCGAGAUGCUGAUCUUCCGGCUGUUGAUAGGAGGAUAUCGUGCCCCCGGCCAAUGUUGUGCCGGGGAUGGGAUGCGUAAUCGCGUCAUGCUGCAGAAGAGAUACCAACUCCUGAUUGAUCAGUCGCUGGGCCAUGUCGCCGUCCUCGAGGGCCAGUUGUCCUAGUAGAUCUUCAAUGUUGACUUUGGCAGGUCUCGGUAGCCCUCGCUUCACAACCUGGGACCGACGGGCAAGGACCUUGCGUUGAGCUUCUUCCUGUUGCCGUUGCAUCCGAGCAUCCCGUUCGGCAGCAUCUUCCUCUGACAGCGCAGGCCCUGAUGCAAGAUCACCUCCGGUUUCUUCUUCCGGAACGAGCAGCUCAAAGUUGUUUUCUGGCGCUGGCAUCGACGCAAAACCGGCCCGCAACGCAUGUCUCGCCGAGCUGUCUCGCAAACGCUGUUCGCGGGGUGUUGAGCUAACAGAUGCAUAUUCAAUUUCGUUGAUGGCCAGAUUAUCGCGCAUUGGUGUUCGGAAAGGUGUGCCGCCGAUCCGAGAGGUAGUCGUCUCAGCUUGCUCCUUGGCGCGUAACGGGGUGGCCAAUGGAUUCGGUGUGAAGGCGACUUGGUGCCGGGGUGUGGCGCCUUCAAAGCCUGUGCCGCUUCCGGCGUCUUCGUGAAUGGGUGUAUUCUCUUCGCCGAGCAAGGGGGUUUGCGCCAUCGACAUGUUCCGUAGAUUGCGGGCUUCAGCCAUGAUGUUAUCCCCUGGAACAAUCAGAUUCGGCUUUGGGUGGGCGUGAGACGUACCUUGUGGCGCGGUCCUCGGCGUCCUUGCCAUCCGUGCGUUUUCCAAUCCCUCAUAGUCGCUGAGCAGUCGCCCGCUCGCAUCACUUCCACCAUCAACUAGGGCCUUGGCGCUCUCUCCAGCGUGUCCGAUUUUGACGAUUUCCUCCAAGUCCGCUUCGCCAACUUGAGCACCUGGGAGAACGAGUUUCCGUCUCCGUCCAAUUGACUCAGCUUCCUUCAACUUCUGUAUCUGAGCAUCUCGUGCGGCAAUGAACUUUGUUUGGUGUCCAUCAGCCUGUUUCCCUGCUUCAUUUUUCUUCUGUCUCUUUCUCCGCUCCGCUUCCUCUUCCUCGGCGGGCUUUCGCUUGUUCUCAAGUCGGCGGAGGGUCUGGCCUACGGGAGCUGCGGUGAUGCGUGCCUGUUCUUCAGAAGUAUCAUAAAACCCUGGUGCGGCUUUCUUCUCGAAUGGAAUAUCCGCAUUGUACUGCGAGAGCGUUAAUAGUGAGUGAAGAACAAAAAUGACAAAUACUGACAUCCAUGCCCUUUCGUUUCGUUUUGGAGCGCAUUCUACCAGACUGUUCAGUACUCGCUCUUUGAAAUGUGGCCCACUACGUACAUGAUUCCAGCAGCCUUCAACUCGCGCUUCUUCUGCAAUACAGCUAACCGGCGGGCUUCCUCCAACUGCCGUUCUCGAGCCUUGCGCUUGGCCUUCUUACCCUGCGUAUUUGCAAGGCGCGCACGAGCUUCAGACAACAUCUCCUUCUCGUCCUCAUCCAUGUCGAUGGGAUCCGGUCGUGCCGGCUUCGUUUCCGGAUCAGGGUCAAUCUCUCCUGGACGCAGACGCCGAACAUCGUCUGCACUGGGGCCGGUGUCUGCUGGCCCGGUCAGGCCUAGUUCUUCAUUCUCUUUUGCCUCAGCCUCGUCGAGCAACUUUUGAUACCGCUCCAAACACUGAACUGCUGUGCGUCCAACGAUCGGAGCAAUGGUGCGCCAUUGAGUAGGCAUCAGCUUGGCCAAGUGCAGAAGCUUUUCGUCUUCAGUCUUCGACCACUCUGUUUUCUUGAUAGAGGGGUCGAGCCAUUCGUACCAACGAGCCUUGCAUUGCUUUGGAGUCUUGCGAACGAGUAAGGACGAGAUGCGAGCCCACUGAUUUUUGCCGUACUUGGCGAUUGCAGCUUUGAGGACCUCGUCUUCAGUGUUCUUGACAGCAAAUAAGCAGUCGGCACAUUUCGAAUGGAGACACUUACCUUCCAGACGCCUCCUUUGAUGAUAAUUCUGACCAUGGUCGCGCAUGUCACGGUGUAACACAAACUUUACGCGUGUUUGCUGAUCUCACAGCCCCUCAACUCUGAUUAUGUAAUACAUUUACUCAUUCUUCCACGCCAAGGUCGGAUGCUUCGGGCCUGACAAAAGUGCAAUGGAACAGGCCUGGAGUCACCAGGCAAACUCAUAAGACCCGGGGAUGUUCUUGCUACUUGGCAUCUGCCAUCCCAGUCCCUGCGGUGCAUGCUUAGUUCUGCUGUUCAUACGAGAUUCGAGACCUGUCAGAGUCGAAAUAGACGUCGUCGAAUUGAAUGCAUUGGCUCUUCGCCGGCAAUAGACUGAGAGACCGGAAACCCCGUACAAUUGACAAUUGACAAUCCGGGGAGAGGGAAAUCGUGCUCUUGCACGCGAUCGCGUCGCGUCGAGUACGCGUCCGAGGCUAUGCUCCGAGCCUUAGCGUACCGGCGGACCGAUCAGUGCGGCGAAGGCGAAAUUUAUGAGGCAAACGAUAAGACCUUGAGGCGGCUGAGCUACUUCAACAACACCACAUCCAAGUUUCCCCGCUCCCUUCCGCGUGUCCACAUUACCCCGGGCGCGUUUCGGUGUUCUCGCUCUGACUUUGAUCCCCGUCUUGUCGCCGGUCAUCGCCAUGGACGUUCUCGUAGACGAUGGCCACGAAUUGGAGGGCGGAUCUAAAACACCAGUUGUAAGAGGUGCCAGAGCUUGCACUGUUUGCCGGGCAGCGAAGAUGAAGUGUGUGGGUGCAGAGGAUGGACAAAAGCAAUGCCAGCGCUGCAAGCGUGCAAAUGCGGAGUGCGUUUUUGAAAAGCAUCGGCGCGGACGUAAACCAGGCUCCAAGCUGUCUGAGGCAUCGAAGAUGCUCCGACGUCUGGAGCGAGGGCUCCACAGUGCGAAAUUGAAAGCGCAGGUCGUCGAUCAGGGUUUCCCCGCCGAUGGCCGCGAAAUAUAUCCACGAGAAUAUGCGGCGCCGAACACACAUUUUACGAAUAACGAGCUGCCACCCAUCACUUUGCCUGGAGAGUAUGCAAAUGCUGGAUCUUCGCGGCCUGACAUGGAUAUGGACGAGGACGACGAAGCAGACUCGGAGCAUCGCGCGUUAUUCCCAGCCAAGCUCAUCCGCAAGGAGAACCAGCGCAAUUCAUUCUUCCGAACCAUUCUCAAUCCUACCGAAAGCUCAUCUGCAGUUGUCGCGUUACCCAGUCGUCCUUCAUACUCGCCACCUGCCACCACCCGACCAACUUCAUACUCCGAUCCCAUCAACACCGGGAUUCUAGACGAAGAUGGGGCGAAAGUCCUAUUCGAUCUCGUGUUUCUCCGCCUCAAUCCAUUCAUCAACUUGUUCGACCCUGCCCUGCACACGGUGCAAUACGUGCGGUCGAAAUGCCCAUUUUUGUUUACGACUUUGAUCAUGGCUGGGGCCAAGUUCUUUCGAGCGGAGAUCUUCAAGUCGUGUCAGAAAUUGGCCCAUGAGCUCGCUGUUCGGGCCUUUGCGGAUGCACUCAAAAGUGUCGAAGUGGUUCAAGCUUUCGCUUGCCUGACGUAUUGGAAGGAUCCCGACGACAACCGGACAUGGACGUACAUCGGAUAUGCAUGUCGGAUGGCGGUCGAAUUGGGCUUGAAUCGGUACCUGGCGAUACCGCCAUCAAAUGAAAGUGAAUUCAGCAAGCUAGAGCGCCGCAACCGAGAACGGACAUAUCUUGUGUUGUUUAUCCACGACCGCAGUCUCAGUACCCAAACUGGCCGCAGCUGGAUGCUUCCCGAGGACGACCUUGUCCGGCAUGCAAUCACGUGGCACGAGCAAGGCACUGCUCCUCCUCGACCCGAGGAUGUGAUCGUGGCUGCCUUUGUGCAGUUGAGGCGGCUAUCGUCUGAAACCACCGACAUGUUCUAUUCGUCCAAGGGACCGGGUCUCUCCAACGGACCGCACCACGAUGUCAACUACGAUGUCGUGCUACGCAAUUGCAACGGAAAACUGACACAGUGGUCCGAUGCCUGGUCCAAUGAAAUGAAGCGCGCCGGCGGAGAAACCUUCCAUUUCUCUUUUCUGAAUCUCUUCCGCUUGCAUGUCCGCCUCUUCCUGAACAGUUUUGGGAUACAGGAUUCGAUAUCUCCGUCGAGUCGAGCUAGCCCCAGUCUACAAGCCUUAUCGGCGUGCUGCACCAGUGCUUUGGACGGGCUUCGCAUUGUCUCAAAAGACUUCCCGGCCAUGAGCAUGCUGCGAUACGGCCAAGAUUCUAUAACAGUGAUGUCAGCUUACUCUGCCGUGUUUCUGUUGAGAGUAUAUUCGUCCAAUCCUUCCCGUGUCUCUCAGCUGACUGACUAUCCAAUAGCUUUUGCGCAGCUCCAAUACACUGGCUGAGCUGCAUGAGGGGACUGCUCACGAGAUCCACACUCUCAUUUCAAAGACUGCAGAUGCUUAUGCAGAAGCCGCAGGCUUCCCAUCGACAUCGACUUCUGCCGCCUAUCACUCCCGCUUUCUCCGGAGUCUCCUAGCCAAUGACAUCUUCAAGUCUAGACGGAGUGAAGCAGACCGAUACGAACCUCUGCCGCUUGAUCCGAGGUUACAAG